AUAACAGGCAGGGAGCAGGGAAACAUUCACCUCAAAGUGUUCAGACUCCAUUUUACCUGCUCAGAGCAGAAGGAGAGAAACUGAAGGCUGAGUCAGGACUGACUGAAGUCUAGAAGAUGAGUGAUUGUGUGGAGGAAGAGGAGGACAGAGCAGAGUCUCCAGGAUCCAGCUGUCUGUCUAUGAAGAGUGACUGGUCCAAAGGAGAACCUAUAAACUUCAGUAAUGAACCUGGACCCUCAGACACAGAAGAGAAGAGGAGGAGGAGUGUUUGUGAGGAGCAGCAGCUGUCCUGCUGUUCUUUGUGUCAGGACGUCCUGAAGGAUCCAGUCUCUACCAGCUGUGGACACUGGUUCUGCAGACAGUGCAUCACCUCAUACUGGGACCAGUCUGGUUCAUCAGGAGACUCCUCCUGUCCCCAGUGUGGACAAAGAUCCAGACCAGGACCUGGACUGCAGACAGCCAGUCAGACCAGCACUGUACAAACAGAUAGUGGUCUGCAGGAGGUUUUAGAUGAACAUCAGAUCAGUCUGAGGAGGAGAUGUGAACGUGUGACUGAAGGAACUGAUGGAACAGGAAGUAGAACCCUCCUCAACAGGAUCUACACUGAGCUCUACAUCACAGAGGGACAGAGUGAAGAGGUUAAUACCCAACAUGAGGUGAGGCAGCUGGAGACAGCUUCCAAGAAGAAGACCCUCCAUGACACUCCAAUCAGGUGCCAGGACAUCUUUAAAGCCUUACCUGACCAACAGAGACACAUCAGAGUGGUUCUGACCAACGGCGUCGCUGGUGUUGGAAAAACCUUCUCAGUGCAGAAGUUCACUCUGGACUGGGCAGAGGGCUUGGAAAACCAAGAUGUCAGUCUGCUGGUUCUGCUUUCGUUCAGGGAGCUGAACCUGAUCAGAGAUGAGCAGUACAGUCUUCUCACGCUGCUCCAUGUUUUCCAUCCAACAUUACAGAAGGUCACAGCAGAGAAGCUGGCUGUCUGUAAAGUUCUGUUCAUCUUUGACGGCCUGGAUGAAAGCAGACUUUCACUGGAUUUCAACAACAGGAAGGUUGUGUCUGACGUCACACAGAAGUCAUCAGUCAACCAGCUGCUGACAAACCUCAUCCAGGGGAAUCUGCUUCCCUCGGCUCUGGUCUGGAUAACUUCCAGACCUGCAGCGGCCAAUCAGAUCCCUCCUUCAUGUGUUGACAGGGUAACAGAAGUACGAGGCUUCACUGACCCACAGAAGGAGGAGUACUUCAGGAGGAGAUCCAGUGAUGAAGAGCUGUCCAACAGAACCAUCUCACACAUCAAGACCUCCAGGAGCCUCCACAUCAUGUGUGGAGUCCCAGUCUUCUGCUGGAUCACUGCUACAGUUGUGGAGCACAUGUUGAGUACAGAGCAGAGAGGAGAGCUGCCCAAGACCAUGACUGACCUGUACUCACACUUCCUGCUGGUUCAGACAAAGAGGAAGAAGAACAAGUACCAUGAGGGACAUGAGACGAAUCCACAGGAGCUGAUGGAGGCUGACAGGGAAGUUCUUCUGAAGCUGGGGAGGCUGGCGUUUGAACAACUGGAGAAAGGAAACAUCAUGUUCUACCAAGAAGACCUAGAGCAGUGUGGUCUUGAUGUGACAGAGGCCUUGGUGUACUCAGGAGUUUGUACAGAGAUCUUCAAAAGAGAGAGUGUGAUCUUCCAGAAAACAGUCUACUGCUUUGUUCAUCUGAGCGUUCAGGAGUUUCUGGCUGCAGUCUACAUGUUCCACUGUUUCACCAACAGGAACACACAGGUACUGGAGGACUUCCUGGGGAAAGACAGGGAUUCAAAACCAAAGACUUUUGUCAAGAGGAUUUCUAAGUUUUUUGAAAACCGUGAUAACAGUGACCCAUCUCUGGAUGUCUUCCUGAGGAGAGUCAUGGAGAAAUCUCUUCAAAGUAAAAAUGGCCACCUGGACCUGUUUGUUCGCUUCCUUCAUGGCCUCUCUCUGGAGUCCAACCAGAGACUCUUAGGAGGUCUGCUGGGUCAGACAGAGAACAGUCCAGAAAUCAUCCAGAGAGCCAUCAACAACCUGAAGGAGAUGAAGAAAACAAAAAUGUCUCCUGACAGAAGCAUCAACAUCUUCCACUGUCUGAUGGAGAUGAACGACCACUCAGUUCAUCAGGAGAUCCAAGAGUUCUUGAAGUCAGAGAACAGAUCAGAGAAGGAACUCUCUGAGAUCCAGUGCUCAGCUCUGGCCUACAUGCUGCAGAUGUUAGAGGAGGUUCUGGAUGAGUUGGACCUGAAGAAGUACAACACAUCAAUGGAGGGACGACGGAGACUGAUCCCAGCUGUGAGGAACUGCAGGAAGGCUCGACUCGCUGAUUGUGGACUCUCAGAGACUCACUGUGAAGUCGUGGCCUCAGCUCUGAAGUCCAACCCCUCCCAUCUGACAGAACUGGACCUGAGUGGAAACAGUAACCUGCAGGAUUCAGGAGUGAAGAUCCUGUCUGAUGGACUAAAGAGUCCAAACUGUAAACUGGAGACUCUGAGGUUGUGGUCCUGCAGUUUGUCAGAGAUCAGCUGUUCUUCUCUGGUCUCAGCUCUGAAGUCCAACCCCUCCCAUCUGAGAGAACUGGACCUGAACUACAACUACCUGCAGGAUUCAGGAGUGAAGGAGCUGUGUGGUUUUCUGCAGAGUCCAGACUGUAGACUGGAGACUCUGAGGUUGUGGAACUGCAGUUUGUCAGAGAUCAGCUGUUCUUCUCUGGCCUCAGCUCUGAAGUCCAACCCCUCCCAUCUGAGAAUACUGAACCUGAGUCAAAACAAGCUGCAGGAUUCAGGAGUGAAGGAGCUGUGUGGUUUUCUGCAGAGUCCAGACUGUAGACUGGAGACUCUCUGGUUGUGGAACUGCAGUUUGUCAGAGAUCAGCUGUUCUUCUCUGGCCUCAGCUCUGAAGUCCAACCCCUCCCAUCUGAGACAUCUGGACCUGAGUAGAAACAGUAACCUGAAGGAUUCAGGAGUGAAGAUCCUGUCUGAUGGACUAAAGAGUCCAAACUGUAAACUGGAGACUCUGAGGUUGUGGAACUGCAGUUUGUCAGAGAUCAGCUGUUCUUCUCUGGUCUCAGCUCUGAAGUCCAACCCCUCCCAUCUGACAGAACUGGACCUGAGUGAAAACAACCUGCAGGAUUCAGAUGUGAAGGAGCUGUUAGAUCUUGUGCAGAGUCCAGACUGUAGACUGGAGACUCUGGGACUGAAGGACGACAGGUUGUCAGCUCUGAAGUCCAACCCCUCCCAGCUGAGAGAACUGGACCUGAGAGACAAGAAGCUGCAGGAUUCAGGAGUGAAGAAGCUGUGUGGUUUUCUGCAGAGUCCAGACUGUAGACUGGAGACUCUGAGGUUGAUGAACUGCAGUUUGUCAGAGAUCAGCUGUUCUUCUCUGGCCUCAGCUCUGAAGUCCAACCCCUCCCAUCUGAGAGAUCUGGACCUGAGUCAAAACAAGCUGCAGGAUUCAGGAGUAAAGAAGCUGUGUGGUUUUCUGCAGAGUCCAGACUGUAGACUGGAGACUCUCUGGUUGAGGUGCUGCAGUUUGUCAGAGAUCAGCUGUUCUUCUCUGGUCUCAGCUCUGAAGUCCAACCCCUCCCAUCUGAGAGAUCUGAACCUGAGCUACAACGACCUGCAGGAUUCAGGAGUGAAGAAGCUGUGUGGUUUUCUGCAGAGUCCAGACUGUAGACUGGAGACUCUGAGGUUGAUGAACUGCAGUUUGUCAGAGAUCAGCUGUUCUUCUCUGGUCUCAGCUCUGAAGUCCAACCCCUCCCAUCUGAGAGAACUGAACCUGAGUGAAAACGACCUGAAGGAUUCAGGAGUAAAGAAGCUGUGUGGUUUUCUGAAGAGUCCAGACUGUAGACUGGAGGCUCUGAGGUUGAGGUCCUGCAGUUUGUCAGAGAUCAGCUGUUCUUCUCUGGUCUCAGCUCUGAAGUCCAACCCCUCCCAUCUGAGAGAACUGAUCCUGAGUGGAAACAACCUGUAUGAUUCAGGAGUGAAGGAGCUGUGUGGUUUUCUGCAGAGUCCAGACUGUAGACUGGAGACUCUGAGGUUGGUUGACUGCAGUUUGUCAGAGAUCAGCUGUUCUUCUCUGGCCUCAGCUCUGAAGUCCAACCCCUCCCAUCUGAGAGAUCUGAACCUGAGCUACAACGACCUGAAGGAUUCAGGAGUGAAGGAGCUGUGUGGUUUUCUGCAGAGUCCAGACUGUAGACUGGAGACUCUGAGGUUGAGGUCCUGCAGUUUGUCAGAGAUCAGCUGUUCUUCUCUGGUCUCAGCUCUGAAGUCCAACCCCUCCCAUCUGAGAGAACUGAACCUGAGUCAAAACGACCUGCAGGAUUCAGGAGUAAAGAAGCUGUGUGGUUUUCUGCAGAGUCCAGACUGUAGACUGGAGGCUCUGAGGUUGAAGAACUGCAGUUUGUCAUGGAUCAGCUGUUCUUCUCUGGUCUCAGCUCUGAAGUCCAACCCCUCCCAUCUGAGAGAUUUGGACCUGAGAGGAAACAAGCUAAAGGAUUCAGGAGUGAAGGAGCUGUGUGGUUUUCUGCAGAGUCCAGACUGUAGACUGGAGACUCUGAGGUUGAUGAACUGCAGGUUGUCAGAGAUCAGCUGUUCUUCUCUGGUCUCAGCUCUGAAGUCCAACCCCUCCCAUCUGAGAGAUCUGGACCUGAGUCACAAUGAAGACCUGAAGGAUUCAGGAGUGAAGGAGCUGUGUGGUUUUCUGCAGAGUCCAGACUGUAGACUGGAGACUCUGAGGUUGAGUCUCUGCAGUUUGUCAGAGAUCAGCUGUUCUUCUCUGGCCUCAGCUCUGAAGUCCAACCCCUCCCAUCUGAGAGAACUGGACCUGAGAGGAAACUACCUGUAUGAUUCAGACAUGGAGGAUCUGUUAGAUCUUGUGAAGGACCCAGACUACAGACUGAAGACUGUGAGGUGGGAGCGGUGGGGGUCUUUCUCAAAGUCAGACUGAAUAGGAUUCUGGGUGUCUGAUCUGUUUGGAUCUCCUGAAGGAUCUGGUGAUGAUUCCCUGUGGACACAGCUGCUGUAUGAGCUGUAUCCAAGGCUGCUGAGUUUAUGAGGAUCAGAGGAAAAUCAGGUGUCCUCAGAGCAGAAAACCCUUCACACUGAGACCUGUGCUGGUGAAAAACACCCUGUUAACAGAUUUAGAGGAAAGAAAGAAAAGCAGCAGUGACUGAAACACAGAACUGAUCUGAACUGUUCAGUAAUCUCACACAGUUCUACUCUAUCAGUAAUAAAUGUAAAGAAUAUGAUUUUACAGUAUGAAAGUUUGAAAGUCGUUUGUUAUUUGUAGAAGUUGGUUUUCUGACACAAUAAUGAAUCAAUGUCUUUAAACAGAAUCAAUGUUUAACCCUUUAAUGCAUGAGUGAACUCUGAAGCACUCUCACAGACCUUAACCAGCACUUAGAAAAGAAUGAAACCAAAUAUUCAAAUCAUCUUGUUUGGAACCUUUUUAGAGCGUAUUAUUAAAAAUAUCAAACACACUAAAAAA